AUGCCAACCCUAGUGAGCGUAACCGUAACCACGUCAAACGCUCCAACUGCGACAAGUACACAUUCUCCCGGAGAACCGGGUGAGGUUUUACAACAAUGGUCUUCCCUCAUCGGCAUCGUCACAGCUAUUGUUGGCAAUGUUCUCAUAGCCCUAGCACUUAAUGUUCAGCGAUAUGCGCACACGCGACUACACAAGGAACGGGUGCGAGUGCGGCAACGGGCGCGUGCUGCAUUGAAGCGCGCACAAAGCAGCAGCAACGGAACAUCCUAUGGCACCAUGUCUGGAGGGCCUAAUGGGCAUAGAAAUGAUAGUGGCAUUAAUAGUUGUCACGAUGACCCUGUCAACGGCGCGAAUGGAAACUGUGACGAACCUCCCAGCAAUGAAUCUGAUCCGCUGUCUCGGUCCUUCCAAUCAAGUGCCUCCACCGAUGUCGACCUUCCGGAUGGUGGACAGAGCAAAGCUGUAUCAACGUAUCUGAAGUCACCGUACUGGUGGCUGGGUCAGAUCUUGAUAACUCUGGGUGAAAUGGGUAACUUUUUGGCUUAUGGGUUUGCUCCUGCGUCUAUAGUGUCGCCUUUGGGCGUUGUGGCAUUAGUGUCCAACUGUAUCAUCGCACCAGUCAUGUUUCACGAGCGAUUCCGCGCCAGGGAUUUCUGGGGUGUUAUCAUUGCUGUCGGAGGAGUUGUCACCGUUGUGUUUAGUGCAAACCAGGAGGAGACCAAGUUAGAGCCUCAUGAUGUCUGGGAUGCGAUCACUACCAUGGAAUUCGAAAUCUAUCUCGGCGUCACAGUCUCUUUAAUUGUCUUGUUGAUGUGGGCAAGCAGUAAGUAUGGAAGGCGCACUAUCCUGAUAGAUCUGGGUCUUGUGGGACUAUUUGGCGGCUAUACUGCGCUGUCAACCAAGGGAGUCUCAUCCAUGUUGUCGGCGACCCUAUGGAGAGCAUUCACAACUCCAGUUACAUAUGCUCUAAUUCUCAUUCUUCUGGUGACAGCUAUCAUGCAAAUUCGCUAUGUCAAUAAAGCAUUGCAACGCUUCGACUCUACCCAGGUUAUACCUAUUCAGUUUGUUCUUUUUACCCUCUGUGUCAUUCUCGGAAGCGCGGUGCUAUACCGAGAUUUCGAAAAGACGACAGCAAAACAAGCCGGAGCAUUCGUAGGCGGCUGUCUCCUCACUUUCUUCGGCGUGUUCCUCAUCACAUCGGGUCGGCAGCAAAAGGAAGAAGAUGACGAGGAUCUACUGUCCGAUAUCGACGGGAUUGAGGAAACCAUAGGCCUGACGAGGCAUGAGCAGGAAGUUUAUGGUUCCCCGAGGGCCCAGGACUGCGAAACGCCAAAGUCUCAGUCCCGACGAUCUAGCAGAUUGUCAAGAGUCAGCUUUGCGGACACUGUAAAGGCAGCUUCGCCACAAGAUAAAUCAGACAUGCCAACAAUACCGCAGGGCACGUCUGAAAGCUCACCGGACCUGGUUGCAACUGAACCACAAGCACCUGCUUUGUCUGAUAACCCUUGGCGGGAGUCUUGGUUCUCCACUGCUUCGCCUCCUCGUGGCGUGAGAACACUUUCUACAGACUCGGCCGUAGCUGGGUCUGUUGCGAUUUCAACGGCGAGCAAUUCCGUCGUUUCAACGCCACUACGAGAUCCUUCUGGUGCCCCUACAUACCCUACACCUUCCGAUCGGCCAGUUACUCCGCGCCAGAGCUCUGGGUUGGCUCGAACUGCGAGCCACCAUCGCUCCAAUACCUUUAUUUCGCCAUCGCCGCUUUCAUCAACCGUCACAACUGUUGUAAAGGACGCAUUUCUGCGAGACAAUGAUGCAUCCCUUGCGAACAAGUCGUCAUUGAGGAAGAUACGGUCUAGCAUCCGUGCUAGCUUGUUCUUCAACGAUGAUGGGGAUGGGGAAAAUGCGGGAACUGCCGGAUACACGCCUCUCCCAGCAUCCGAUGCCCAUCUCCCAAGAACCCAAGAGACACCGGAAAUCGGGGGAAGCGAGGCAGAUGACCCAUCUCGAAGGAGGUCACGGAGUGUAAGCGACGCCAUUGGGGACUUUUUCCGUCCCAAGAAGAAAAACAAGAGUGAUGCAACGAGCAGUGACGUGGAAGCGCCUUGA